CGGUUUGAAAAUAGCUCGUUCCCGCUCUUUAUCCCCAUUAUAAAAAGCAAUUCAUCCUUUUUCUUGUGAAGCCGUCAAGACGGUAGGGAAAACCUAAGGGAAAAAAUGACAGUCAUCCACCAUUCUAUGGUGAUACCAGUAAAUACAGAUGUAUGUUGUCAUUUUUAUGGACUUCAUAGUAUACCAUCGUAUAUCAUAAUCUAACCAAGCCCUAAUACGAACAUUUAAUUUGUUUCCAGUUUGUCACACGAUAAGCAGUUAUGCAAAUGGGGUCAAAGCCUUUCUUGUAUUUGCUUUGGGCACCAUGUGACUAAAUCUGUCCAAAGGGCUGUGAAAGGAAGUGAUGUGUGUCACUUCCACUGGAUUACUAAAUGGGACCUUGUGCUUGCAAGGCAGGCGGCACCACUGAGGAAAUGAUUUAGAGGCCUUAUGAAUACAUCCGUGCAUUCUUGCUUCAGACUUUGCAAUUGAAGGCCAACCCAGUCUGGAAGCAUCUCUUAUUAAUGUUACAAGGAAACCGCUACCUCAGCAAACGAAAGGAAGACUUAUAAUAACGAAUGCCAUUUUUAAAGAAAACUUGUUUUCAGAAAACAUUACAGGAAAUUUGGAAAUUUUUAGCCUUGAGGAGAAUCUUUAUAGGCAGUUAUUUGACAGGCAGGCUCUGUCAAAGUUCUGCAGAGAUUUGAUCUCCCUUCUUAAGGACUUUAUGCGGAAUAACCCUGUAUUGCUUUUUAAAUUGCUGUUGAUCAGCUUGUGGGUUUUUGGGUUCUAACUUUUUUGCUGUAUUAAAGAUACAUUAUAUUACAUUUUUAAAAGUUAUUUUUCUGCCAUUGUAAAUACUUGUAUCAAAAUAUUCUUGCAGAGCAAUUAUAAGUAAACAUUUUUCUCAACAAGCGUAUCUUUUUAUUAAGAGAGUGGAAUGCUAAACAGUUCUUAUACAGCAUUUUGGACACACUUUCAUUUUUUGUCAGAGGUCCUGUCUACACUGAAAAUAUUAAUUAUAUAACCCUAUUGUUGCCCUCACCUCAAUGUUUGAUCACAUGGUCGUCUGCCUCAUGGAAAUGCCUUUUUUAAAACUUAGAUUUGCAGAACUCCACUAUUUUUAUACCUAGCUAGAGUUUUGGAAAAAAAGAAUCAGAACUCUGACCUUUUCACAGUCCCUGGGACAGAUCCCCCGCAUGUAUUGCUGUAGUGCCCAGGACAGUAAAAUGGACUACAAGCGGCGCUUCCUGCUUGGCGGGUCCAAGCAGAAGGUGCAGCAGCACCAGCAGUACCCAAUGCCUGAGCUGGGCCGAGCACUGAGUGCUCCCCUGGCAUCUACGGCCACCUCUGCCCCGCUGGGCAGUCUGACUGCUGCAGGCAGCUGCCACCAUACCAUGCCCCACUCUACUCCCAUUGCUGACAUCCAGCAAGGCAUCUCUAAGUACCUGGACGCCCUCAACGUCUUCUGCCGUGCCAGUACUCUGCUCACAGAUCUUUUCAGCACCGUGUUCAGGAAUUCUCACUAUUCGAAGGCGGCUGUGCAGCUCAAAGAUGUGCAAGAGCAUGUCAUGGAAACAGCCAGUCGGCUGACCUCAGCCAUAAAGCCGGAGAUUGCCAAGAUGCUGAUGGAACUUAGUGCUGGGGCAGCAAACUUUAUAGAUCAGAAGGAAUUCAGUCUCCAGGACAUUGAGGUAUUAGGGCGAUGCUUCUUGACAGUGGUGCAAGUCCAUUUCCAGUUUUUGACUCACGCAUUACAGAAAGUCCAGCCGGUGGCUCACUCUUGCUUUGCUGAGGUGGUUGUACCAGAGAAAAAGAACAGCGGUGGUGGUGGCUUAUCUGGCAUGGGUCACACACCCGAACUAGAGGAAGCUGUGCGUUCCUGGCGGGGGGCUGCUGAGGCAACAUCUAGAUUAAGAGAAAGAGGCUGUGAUGGCUGCCUGGCAGGAAUUGAAGUUCAACAGCUCUUCUGUUCUCAAAGUGCAGCAAUUCCUGAGCACCAGCUAAAAGAACUGAACAUAAAAAUCGACACUGCUUUGCAAGCAUAUAAGAUAGCUCUGGAAAGUUUAGGCCACUGUGAAUAUGCAAUGAAGGCUGGCUUCCACCUGAAUCCAAAGGCAAUUGAAGCAAGUUUGCAGGGCUGCUGCAGUGAGGCGGAAGCCCAGCAGACUGGGCGGAGACAGACACCCCCGCAGCCCAUGCAGUGUGAGCUUCCCACGGUCCCUGUGCAGAUAGGAUCGCACUUCCUGAAGGGUGUCUCCUUUAACGAGUCCGCCGCCGACAAUCUGAAACUUAAGACGCAUACAAUGUUACAACUGAUCAAGGAAGCAGGCUGUUACAAUGGAAUCACACCCAGGGAUGAUUUUCCUGUGACAGAAGUACUGAACCAAGUAUGCCCAUCCACAUGGCGGGGUGCCUGCAAGACUGCUGUGCAGCUGCUCUUUGGCCAGGCUGGACUGGUGGUGGUUGACACAGCACAGAUUGAAAAUAAAGAAGCCUACGCCCCCCAAAUCAGUUUAGAAGGCUCCAGAAUCGUGGUUCAAGUCCCAUCCACAUGGUGCCUGAAAGAAGACCCUGCCACCAUGUCGCUCCUGCAGAGAAGCCUGGAUCCUGAGAAGACUCUGGGUCUGGUAGAUGUGCUCUACACAGCUGUACUGGACCUAAACCGCUGGAGAGCAGGGAGGGAACAAGCUUUACCUUGCAUACAGAUCCAGCUUCAAAGGGAGAUCUGUGACUUUGGGAAUCAGGCUGACCUGCCUUCUGGAAAUGGAAAUAAAUCUUCAGGUGGCCUCCAGAAGACAUUCUCCAAACUGACAUCCCGGUUCACCAAGAAAGCAUCAUGUACCAGCUCUAGCAGCAGCACAAAUUAUUCUAUCCCAAAUACCCCUUCCAAAAAUGUCUUCAUAGCUGGGUGUUCAGAAGAAAAGGCCAAAAUGCCCGGUAAUAUCGACACCCGGUUACAAAGCAUUUUGAACAUUGGUAAUUUCCCUAGGACUACAGAUCCUUCACAGUCGGCUCAGAAUUCAAGCAAUCUAAUGGCCAAUGGUUUUCUCCUGGAGCGGUGUGAGACCUUCCUGCAUGGGGAUGAUGGCAAGGAUGAGAAGGGUAUGAACUUACCGACUGAUCAGGAAAUGCAGGAGGUGAUAGAUUUUCUCUCAGGUUUUAACAUGGGCCAGUCGCAUCAGGGCUCCCCAUUGGUGACAAGGCGUAAUUCUGCUGCCACAGCCAUGGUGACUGAGCAGAAGGCAGGAGCUAUGCAGCCACAGCAGCCAUCACUGCCAGUGCCCCCUCCACCACGACCAACACAGACUGGGGUACACACACCUCUGACACCCCAGGCGGGUCUUGCACCUCAGCAACAGUCCCCAAAGCAACAGCAUCCCCAGGUCCAAUACUACCAACACCUAUUGCAACCCAUUGGGCCACAGCAGCCCCCAUCUCAGCCUCGUGCACCUGGAAAAUGGGUGCAUGGCUCAGCCACACAGCCAGCACAGCCCAUGGGAGCAAGUCUGUCUCCUCUUGCUCAGUGGCCUGGCAUAUCUGAUCUCAGUUCUGACUUGUACAGCUUGGGUCUAGUGAGCAGCUAUAUGGAUAAUGUGAUGUCGGAGGUUUUGGGACAGAAGCCACAGGGACCUAGAAAUAACACCUGGCCAAAUCGAGACCAAGGCGAUGGAGUCUUUGGAAUGUUGGGAGAGAUUCUACCUUUUGAUCCUGCAGUGGGCUCAGACCCAGAAUUUGUACGCUACGUGGCGGGUGUGAGCCAGGCAAUGCAGCAGAAGCGGCAAACCCAGCACAGUCGCCGCCCAGCCAACCCCCGGGGCAACUGGCCACCCAUGGAUGAUGCCCACCGGACCUGGCCUUUCCCAGAGUUCUUCACAGAAGGGGACAGCCUGCAUGGCGGCUGGUCAGGCGCUCAGGGAGACUCAGCCACCUCCAGUGAUGAGACAUCUUCAGCCAAUGGGGACAGCUUGUUCUCCAUGUUUUCCGGGCCUGACCUCGUUGCUGCUGUCAAGCAGAGAAGGAAACACAGCAGUGGAGAGCAAGACACCAGCACACUGCCUUCUCCACCUCUACUUACUACAGUGGAGGACAUGAACCAGGAUAACAAAACCAAAACAUGGCCACCCAAAGCACCCUGGCAGCACCCUUCUCCGCUCCCCAGCACACUGCCCAGCCCAAGUGCACCACUCUAUGCAGUCACCAGCCUGGGCAGCCAGUGGAACGACACCAUGCAGAUGCUGCAGUCCCCUGUGUGGGCUGCAACCAACGACUGCAAUGCCACCUCCUUCACCUACAUGCAGACUCCGCCGCAGCCCCCACCCCCACCAGCACACAAGGCGGCACCCAAGGGCUUCAAGGCCUUCCCUGGGAAGGCUGAGCGCAGGCCGGCCUACUUGCCCCAGUACUGAUGCAGAGCCAGCCUGCCUGCCUGCCUGCCCAGAGCUGUUGGGGCCAGUGUCCCCACCCUAGGGCCGACUAGCUAUACCAGCCCGCAGAGGACCAGUGCACCCCGUCCCAAGGAGGGUUCCUUGGCAACAGGGGUAUUGGCAGCUCCGAGCCUUUAUAGCCUGGUUUCUCAAACUUUGAAGGCAGCAGACCCCUGGAGAAUCAGCUGAAGAUGGAGAUUUCUGAUAUUCAGGGGAAUGCUGGAUAACUAAGUAUGUUUAACUAAGCACCUCAGGUGAUUCUGAUACAGGUGGCUAGAAGCUACACUUUGAGAAAUACAGUUCUAAGGCUGCUAAUCCUGUUGUGUUUUGGGAAGGUGUCAGGCCCCAAAGGCUGAGAGCAAAACUGACCAUUCUUUUAAAAGCUUCUCCUUUUCCCUCCUUAACACAUUGAGUGGUGACCACACCAAUCACGGAUUUCAUAGCUAUUGUUUAUAUAAGUUUUUAGUUAAGACAUCUGCCUAAAAUGCAUUUAAUAUUUU